GGGACACCAAGGCAAAUGCAUCCACGGAAUCUCACCAAGGUUUCUGAAUUCAUCCUUGAGGGUGUUUUUGACAACCCUCACCUCCAAGCAUUUGUCAUUAUAGCUACUGUUGUCCACCCACCACUUCACACCCCAAUCUACUUUUUCGUCUCCAACCUGGCCAUCCUUGACGUGGUAGGUGUCUCCUCAGUUCUGCCCAAGAUGUUGGAGAACCUGAUCCUGGGCAAGAACACCAUCUCCUUUGAGGGAUGUGUAGCACAGCUCUACACCUUCACUUUCUCAGGCUCAACAGAGCUUAUACUGUUAACAGUCAUGUCUUAUGACCGAUACCUGGCCAUCCGCCAGCCCCUUCACUACGUAACCAUGAUGAGCAAGGGGACCUGCAUCUCUUUAAUGGCUGGUGUCUGGGGAAUCGGUACCAUCAAUUCCCUCAUAAACACCCUUCUUGUGGCACAGCUGGACUUCUGUGGGCCAAAUUUAGUCCAAAAUUUCUUGUGUGAGAUACCCCCGGUCCUUGCCCUGUCCUGCAGCUCAACCUGUCUCAAGGAAAUCACAGUUUACAUGGCAGACAUCAUCCUGGGCAUGGGAAACUUCCUAUUGGUCACCCUCUCCUAUUGCCUCAUCAUCACCACCGUCCUGAAAAUCCAAGGCUCUGCAGGGAAGUGGAAAGCCUUCUCUACCUGCUCCUCACACCUUGCUAUUGUUGGCUUGUUCUACUCCACCAUCAUCUACACCUAUAUCCAGCCAACCAGCACUCCAUUAGAGAAGAAAAACAAAAGAGUGAGCAUUAUGUACACUCUGGUAACUCCCACUCUGAACGCUCUGAUCUACAGCCUGCGCAACAAAGUGAUCAAAGCGGCGUUCUGGAAAAGCGUACCAUUUCCCAAGACAAAUUAA